ACUCGCAGAACCACAGAGAGUGUGUGUCAUGCUGGCAGUGUGUGGGCUGAACCUAGCAGCCCUCCACUCGUCCUGCCUCUCCCACUUCUUCUUCUUCUUCUUCUCCUCUCUCCCUCCACGUCUCCGGAUACUCCACCUCCUCUUCCUCUUCUUUUCUCCAUCCUCCUUCACCUCUUCCUCUCCUCCUCCUCCUCGGUUCUUCUCUCCAUCUCUCGUUUUGUUUUUUUAUGUUCAGUUUUUCCAUCAUGGAGAGCUAGUCGCUGAUCUUCAGGGAUGGGCAGGGCAGCUCUCUGAAAACAAUCUGAAACCCUGAGACCUGUUACUUCUCAACUAUUAUACAGAAGAAAACUCUUGAAGGUUACCAAAGCCUUAUUCUCCAAGAGGAACAACAACAUCCACAGGAACUCCAUCAUCUAGUAUUAAAGAAGUAUUCAUGAAAUUUUAACUUCAUCAACUCAAGAUUUCCGACGCCCACACUUAUAACAAAGCGUAGAGGCAAUAGAAGCUGGAAACUGGAUCAUCAGACUGGACCAGAACCAAACAAGACACCUGGCUGAAUCUGAGAACCGCAACAAGCCAGAAGAGAUCAGUGGAAAUUGGUAAAGUCCUGUGGAAAAGUUUGAUGGGACUGCUGACAAUAGCCACAUGCCUCUGAGUCCGACCGCUGACACCAAACAUGAUCGCCCGCGGCAACAGGCGGUUACUAACGGCAACCCAACAGGCUCUGCUGUCGCCAGGGACGACGACGGGGAGGACCCGCCCUCUGGAAACAGCGUCGUGGUCCGAAUCGGGAUCCCGGACCUGCAGCAGACGAAGUGUUUGCGGUUGGACCCAGAGUUACCAGUUUGGACCAGUAAGCAGAGGGUUCUGGUGACGUUGACUCAGUCUCUGUCGGAUGUUUUGAACUAUGGUCUCUUCCAGCCGGCGUUCAACGGCCGAGCCGGAAAGUUUCUGGACGAGGAGCGCCUGCUGAAGGAGUAUCCUCUGCCCAACAUCACUCCCAUCCCGUAUCUGGAGUUUCGCUAUAAGAGACGAGUUUACACUCAGAGCUACGUUGAUGACAAACAGCUGGCAAAGCUUCACACUAAGGCCAAUCUGAAGCGAUUCAUGGAACAUGUUCACCAGAAGAAUGCAGAGAAAGUGGCCAAAUGGUUGGAGAAAGGCCUGGACCCGAACUUCCACGACUCGGACAGCGGAGAAUGCCCUUUGACCCUGGCUGUCCAGCUGGAGGACAGCUGUGAGCUCAUCAAGGUUCUGCGCAGCGGCGGGGCCCACCUGGACUUCAGAACCAGAGAUGGCAUCACGGCUCUGCAUCGGGCCGUUCUGUGCAGGAACAGCGCCGCCCUGACGACGCUGCUGGACCUCGGCGCGUCGCCAGACUACAAGGACAGCAGAGGCCUGACUCCGCUCUACCACUCUGCCAUGGUGGGCGGCGCCCCCUACUGCUGCGAGCUGCUGCUGCAGGACCACGCCACCAUCGGGAUCACUGAUGAGAACGGGUGGCAGGAAAUCCACCAGGCGUGUCGCUAUGGCAACGUGCAGCACUUGGAGCACCUGCUGUUCUACGGUGCCGACAUGAGUUCCCAGAAUGCCUCAGGAAACACGGCGCUGCACCUGUGUGCCUUGUACAACCAGGACAGCUGCGCCCGAGUUCUGCUGUUCAGAGGAGCCAACAAGGACAUAAAGAACUACAACAACCAGACGGCCUUUCAGGUGGCGAUCAUCGCGGGGAACUUUGAUUUGGCUGAAAUAAUCAAGAUCCACAAAACUUCUGAUGUUGUUCCCUUCAGAGAAACCCCGUCCUAUACCAAGCGCCGCCGGGUCGGCGCCAACAGAACCCCUGCCGGGAACGGCCUGUCGUCUCCUCGCUCUCUGAUUCGCUCUGCCAGCGACAACGCCCUGGAAAGCCCCGCCUCCUCGCCCGGCCCCUCCCUCCAGAGCCUGGAGACGCAUCACGACUCGCACACGCACUCCCUGAGACGCCACCCGCGCCGCCUCAGGUACGCCCCGCUGCACCCGCACCACGCUGCGGUCCGGCCACCGCCUCUCACUGGUGUGUCGCCCCGCAGCCCCGGUGGGGGGGGCCACGCGGAGACCAGUCCCCCCUCUUCACCCCCCCACACGCCACAGAUGAGGAAGAGGAGGCUCUACAGCGCCGUGCCAGGGCGCACCUUCAUCGCCACACGGUCCCACGUACCCCAGGGGUCUGGAGAAAUCCAGCUGCACAGGGGCGAGCGGGUCAAAGUGCUGUCGAUUGGUGAAGGAGGCUUCUGGGAGGGAACGGUGAAGGGCAGAACCGGCUGGUUUCCUGCCGACUGCGUGGAGGAAGUCCAGAUGAGACAAUACGACCCGCGACUGGAGACGAGAGAGGACCGAACGAAGCGGCUCUUCAGACACUACACCGUGGGCUCCUACGACAAUUACACCUCCUACAGUGACUAUGUGAUCGAGGAGAAGACGGCCGUGCUGCAGAAGAGAGAAAGCGAAGGAUUCGGCUUCGUCCUGCGAGGAGCUAAAGCUGAGACGCCCAUUGAGGAGUUUGCUCCCACGCCGGCGUUUCCUGCUCUGCAGUACCUGGAGUCGGUGGAUCAGGGGGGCGUGGCCUGGAGGGCGGGGCUAAGGACCGGAGACUUCCUGAUAGAGGUGAACGGCAGCGACGUGGUGAAGGUGGGUCACCGCCAGGUCGUCUCUCUGAUCCGACAGGGAGGAAGUCGCCUGCUGAUGAAGGUCGUCUCGGUUUCCAGGAAGUCAGAAACAAACCUGAUCAGGAAGAAAGCCCCGCCCCCUCCGAAGCGAGCCCCGAGCACGUCGCUGACGCUGCGGUCCAAGUCCAUGACGGCCGACCUGGAGGAGAUCGCCAGGAGGCGCCGUUAUGAGAAACUAGAUGAGAUGCUGGCCGGAGGUCAACAGGAAGUGGUUCUGAGGGCCCGCCCCACCGACGACUUCAGGGCGGCGACGGUCAAGCAGCGGCCGACGAGCCGACGCAUCACGCAGGCAGAGAUCAACUCUCUGUUUGAGCGCCAGGGUCUGGUCCCGCCCUCCGCCCCGGAGAAGAGCACCAUGCCGCUGCCCAGAGGGAUGUCCAGAACAAAGAGCUUCGGCACCCCGGACGACGACAGAAUCUCGGCUCUGAUCCACGAGAGCCGUUUCCCUCGCAGCUCAUCUCUGACGGACGGCUCCAUCCCGCCGCCUCCUCAGACGGCGCCGCCCCCGCCGCCGUCCCCCUCCGCUCUGUACCUCUUCGACUCCGGCCCGCCGCCGUCCUUCCUGCCGCCGCCUCCGCCGGCCCGAGGUGAGGGCCUGACUCGCUCCAGCUUCAAGCCGGGGGCGGAGCCGCGGCUGCAGGAGCUGUCGGACGCCAGGAGCCACGCCCACGCCGAGCGCCAGCGCAAAGCACGGUCCAUGAUCAUCCUGCAGGACACGCCACCACCACCGCCACAGCCCGACGGACACGCCGCCGGCGCCGCGCUCCACACCGCCACGCAGACCUCCACACUGUCCAUCCACAGCACCAGCACCGCCCUCGGACACUCGCCGCUCUCCCGUCGCCGGGGACGACCGAUAGAAAACCCGUACGCCAACGUGGGACAUCAAGCUGCGCCCAACAAGCCCCAGAGGAGGAAGUCUCCUCUGUUGAAACAACUUCCUGUUGAGGAGCAGGGUCUUGGGAUCAAAGACGAUCCGUUCAAACCCGACGGCGGUGGACUGAUGAGCCCGAGCCGAGCCGAGCUGUACCAGCAGCAGGUUCUGUCCGAGCGCGCCCGGGUUCAGGGUCGCCGCUCCUCUCUCUUCCUGUCGGUGGAGGGGGCGGGGUCAGACAGCCAGGCUCCGCCCCUCCUGACCCAGAGCCACUCCAUGGACGACCUGGGCGAGCUUCCGCCUCCGGCGCCGGUCCUGUCGCCAUCACCGACGCCGCACACCUUCCUCCACCCGCUGACGGGGAAACCUCUAGAUCCAUCGUCUCCACUCGCACUGGCUCUCGCCGCGAGAGAGCGAGCGCUCACUGCCCGAACGCCGAGUCCCGAGCCUCGAAUCAAACACUCCUCCGCCUCCACCACGCCCGUCCCCACCCCGGCUGCCAGUCCAGAGACCAGACACAAACGCACGCCGUUCACCACCCCACAGAGCAGCCCCGAGCCUCGAUCCAAGCGCACCUCUCCUCAGACGAGUCCGGAGCAGCGGACCAAACACUCGACGCCUCAGACCAGCCCCGAGCUGAGGCACAAGCGAAUCACGCCGCCGCUGUUCCCCGACGGACAGGUGGAGCGACCCGAGACGGAGGGGGGGGUGACGUCACCCGCCGCUCCCUCCCCCGAACGAUGGAGACCCUCCCCUCUGCCGGCGCUGGCCAAUGAGAGCCACUCGGCGCUGAUCGACCGGCGGCGAAGCCUCACGGUUGGCAGCUCGGAGGAAGAGGGCGGGGCUUACACCGUGACGCUCCCACCUGCCCUGCUGUCCUCUAGCGACGAGGAAACCAGGGAGGAGCUGCGCAGGAUCGGCCUGGUGACUCCGCCCCCCGCCUUUGCCAGCUCCCCUGCCCCGCCUCCCCCCACCUCCCUGUCCCUGUUGCCACGGCGAGGAGGAGAGGGGGGAGGGGAGAGCGGCCCGGAGUCCCUGGUGAAGCGAGGAGACGAGGAAGAAGGAGGUGACGAGCGUCUCCAUGACAGCUCCUUGUCCCCCAGUUCGCUCCCUCCGUCCAUCACGCUGGCGUCCCCCCCCGCCCCGACCUCUCCCUCCUCCCCCCCUGCUGCUCACCCCACCCCCUCCCCCUCCGCUACCUCCCCAUCGGCUCUGAAGCCCCGCCUGCGGUCGCCGAUCGGCCGCGGCCGCUCCGUGCUGCGCGACCCGCUGCUAAAGCAGUCGUCAGACAGCGAGCUCCUCCCCUCCGCCGCCUCCUCCUCCCCCUCCUCCCCGCUCUGCUCCUCCCCCACCAGCGGCGGCAGCCGGCAGCCUCGCUACCUGUUCCAGAGGCGGUCCAAGCUGUGGGGGGGCGGAGACGACGAGCGGCGCGGGUUCAGCCCUGAUGAAGGCGGCGGCCGACCGGCGGCACUGGGAGGACAGAGCUCCGGGUCGGCGGUGGAUCUGACAGCCCGCUCGGCGUCCGCCCUGGAGCUGAGUGGCCGGGCCGGGUCGGGACUGGACCUGGCCAAUCGGCUACAGCUGCUCAACAAAGACAGCCACUCUCUGGGGGAAGAACCAAGUCCACUGGACCCAGGCCGCAGGUCUCCUGUAGGGGGCGCAAGGUUGUUCUCCAGCCUCGGUGAACUUCACACCAUCUCCCAGCGAGGAUACGGCGCCAGCUACACGGUCCGCCCAGGAAGUCGUUACCCCGUCACCCGCCGAAGUCCGUCCCCGUCUCCCUCCCCCUCAGACCGGUCCAUGGGCCUGGGCUCCUCGCCGGCGCAUUGCUCCGAGCGGCCCGACCUGAGCUCUGGUCGAGGUCUGACCAUCCUCAAGUCUUCAAGUCUCAGCCUGCCGUCGGAACCAAAGGAGGUCCGUUUCGUCAUGAGGAGCGCCAGCGCACGAACCAGGUCCCGCUCGCCUUCGCCCUCGCCUCACGCCUCGCCCUGCCCCUCCCCGGUCCUCAGCGGGCCCCUGCUGGCCCUGCGGCCCUGGAGGCAGCGGCCCCUCAACCUGUGGAAUAAGUACGACGUGGGCGACUGGCUGGAGAGCAUGGGCCUGGCCGAACACCGCCAGCGCUUCCAGGAGCACGAGAUCGAAGGCUCACACCUGCCGGCGCUCACCAAGGAGGACUACGUGGAGCUGGGCGUCACCAGACUGGGCCACCGCAUCAACAUCGAGAGGGCCCUCAGACAGUUACUGGACAGCUCCACUUGACCCAUCGCCUCCAACCAGUCACCUCUAGGCGUCCAGAACUCUGACCUCACGACCCCUGACCUCAAGUCAGACCCCGGGCCAUCUCUUUAAUCCACUAUCUCAGCCAUUACAGAACCGCCCCGGUUUCGUUGAUGCCAGAUCGCAGAAACGUUUUGGCUCAUCAGCUCUUUAAUCAGCAGCUCUGACCUCUGACCUGCAACUCACAUAGCAAACAAUUCACGUCCACACUAUGACCCAAAUUCAAUGUUUUUGUCUCAAUGCAACAUCUAGCCGAUCUUUUCAUGAAAGUCCGAUCAACACAGAUCCGACCCAGACGAUAAAUUGUCCCAGACGUUAUUGCCAUAAUCAAUAAUCAUGUUUUACUAAUAUGACAAUAAUGGCAUAAAAAUGCAAGAAAAUUAAAUUCUGAUGAACAUUUAACACUGGAAGACAUUUUAAAUAUCCAAAAUAAACGUACAAUAUAAACAACAAAUAUAAACAUGAUUAUAUUUCAGAGGAAUUGGAGAAAAAAUCCUGAUUUUAGUUGGUUAAAAUACAGAUUUGUCCAGUUUGUGGUUCUUUAAUUCAAACAUUGGCAACUUUCCACACUUUUCCCACUAAAACUAAAAUAUUUGGGCUGAAACAAUUAACUGGAUUAAUUUAUUAUAGAAAUAAUCAGCAGCUAAUUUAGUAACCGAUUAACUGGAGAAUAUAAACUCAAAAAAAGGCCAAUUGGUGAAAAUCCAUGUUCACAGCAAUAAUUAAGCUAAAACUGCACAAAAAUAUAAAUUUAACUAAAACUCAUCAGUAGAAGUUUGGUUCAAAUUCACUAAAGUAAAGCUAUGUUACUGCAUUUUAGGCAAUAAACUCUUUAUUUUCUUAUUUUAAAAAAGAAAUGUCAUAAUUUAUUCUAAUAUUCUAUAAAAAGGCUUCAGUGGAUAAUCUGAAGAAUGUGUAUUUUUUUUCCUGAUUAAUCGCUUUAUUUUGACGAUUAAUCGGUAGACGUCAAUGAUAUUCUGCCAAAUGAAUAACCGAUCAAUCAUCAGAAUAAUCGAUUAUUCUGAUGUUUAAUUGAUUGUCAGUAUAAUCAACUAAGAAAAUAAUUGUUAGUUGCUGCCUUAAAAAAUAAAACACAUUUUGAAUCUUAAAUUUGAGGAAAUUUCAGGCUUACAAACUUGUUUUUAUGGAAACUUUAAACCAAAAUCAAAAAAUAUCAAAACAUGUUGAAUAACAGAAAACAAUGAAAACAGGCAAAUAAAGAUUAACUUUUGGCUGUUAGAAUUUUAUCAGUUUAAUCACAAUAAACAUGUUUCUUUUCUUAUGUUUUUAGUAAAAGUCGCAGUUGGACUCAGAGUUCUGAUCAAUGAGUCGAUCAAUGAGUCGAUCAAUGAGCCGAUCCAUGAGCCGAUCCAUGCCGGUUUAUCUAAAUGAUCCAGAAAGUUCUGGGACAUUAUUUUUUUUGGCUGUUGUGAUUUUCCCCCCAUCAAAUGUCACUCAUAAAGUUUUGUGUUACUUCAAACAUGAAUUCAUAUGUUAAUGGAUCAUUUAGAAUAAAUCAAUAAGUAAUAAUAAUGACAAUAAUAAUAAUGGUGAUGCCGUGCAGAGCUUUUAGUCGUCUGGAAACAGAUGUGUAGUUAUGAUUUGACAAUGAGUUGAAUUCCCGGCGGAGGCUCUGGGGUUCAUGAUGAUUUGUCGAUGAGUGUGACGUGGUGGCGUUGGUGUGUUUCAGGGUUUUACCUGCUUUCUGAGGGCUAACUGUACACGGUGCUAUCUGCUCAAAGCCAUCUGUACAGACUCUACCUUCCUCCUCCUCAUGCAUCUUCCCAUCCCAGCCAGGAACUAAACCAUCACAACGGCCUGACCAAGGUCGCACGGGAACAGGCCAUAAAAGGAGUUUCCUCCCCUGCCAUAUACGGGAUGCUUUCCCUGCCAUAAGUGGAGUUGAAUCCAAACAUAAAAACAGGCAAACGGGAACACCGUCGCAUCCAGAUGUUUGUAAGUUUUUAUAACCCUGAACAGGGUCAAUUUUUGUGCCAAUAAAGAGGAAAAUUUAACUAGAACUUAGUUAAAAAACAGCUACAUGUUUACAGCAGUUAGAUUUAUAUAUUAUCAGACUUUGAUGAACCACACUGAAAACGUUCCAAUACACUCAACUUCCAAAGGAAUAUUUAAUAGUUCAGAGCUAUAGUUAAAUAAAUUAUAUUGUGUACAUAAAACAUAUAUAAGUACGAAUAUAUAGUGUCUUAUUCCAGCACAAAGCUGCAGUGAAAUGUUAAAUUACUGGUUUUAAAAGUUCUGAAGCAGUUCACAUCAAAACAUCUGAGCUGCUUUAAUAAAGCUAAUAAAUUAAUUAGUUUCACAUGUCGUUCAGUUCCUGAUGUUUAGCUAAUUAAUGCUUGUUGCACUUUAUGGUCCAUCCUGAUUAACAGGAGCUCUUAAAGAAACAGUACGUCUUUCUAAAAACACCAAACUGGCCCCAGUGGUAGUUCCUUUAAGCUCAUCUUCUGAUGCAGGUCAUCCACAUAUCCGUUGAUACGACCAAGAAAACCAAAACUACUAAAAUGUUGAACAGCUUCUGGGGCGAUCGUGAGAAAAAAGAUAAUUUUUCUGAAAUUUGGUUUAUUUUUUGAGCAUUUUUUUGUUAGAAAGUGGAAAAUUAAAUAAAAAAAUUAUAAUUUGGACCGUUAGUAUUUAAAUGUAACACCCACAAAUUAUGACAAAUUCCAACUUAUUUUAAAUAAUGGUGCACCGACUCAGUUUCUGGCCGAUAACCAAUGUUUUAAAAAGCCUGGCCAAAAAAAAGCCGAUGCAAAAAUUUCUUUUGUCUGAAAAAUCAUUAAAUAUAUCAACUGCAUCUAAGAUCAGUGGAUAUGAUUGGUUUCUUGUUUAAGUAUCAAUUGAUUGCCAAUCUCCAAAAAUCAAGUAAAUCCUAGCCGUUUCUUUAGUGCUGCCCUAAUUUUAAGUUAAUAUAUUCAAUCUUUUAGCUGAAGCAAAUUAAAUAAAACCUUACCAAAUUAAACUGUAUUAUUAGCCCCUAGCUUAGAUAGCUAUUAUAUCAUAACCGUUAAAUAUGUUUUAUUUACUGAAAUCCUAUUUUAGUAUAAAACUAGCAAAAUAUUUAGAUUUUGAUAUAGUAAAAAUCCAAAACUAAGCCAGUAAAAUGGCUUCAAGGCAACAUUUCCCCACACAAAUCAUUAAUUCCCUAUAUUAUGAGGUUUGCAGUGUAAUUACACCCGUGUGCCACCAGAAUAUUGUUGGUAUAAAUCAACAAUAGAUGCACGAAUAAUGAGCUGUCAGUUGUUAUGUUCCAUAAAACACAGGUUAUCUGCUGGUGUCAGGAAAUCUAAUUUAAGACUUUUAAAGACCUUUUUAAAUGCCAGCUAGAAUAAAAUUUAAGACAGAAAAAACAACGAACGUAGGGAAUAAAUAUAUCAUACUUAAAAGUGAGCCAGUAGCAAAAACAAACAUCCAGCAAACUACUAAUGAUGGACCCAAAAAAUGCUAGCUAGCUUGCUACCAAGAGUAUCUUAGCUAAACCGCUGAAGAUCUUUGUGCACAACUCAAAUGUUUGCUAGAUAGAGAAGUCCAUCAAGAACAAAAAAAUAAAACAAAACUACAUACAAAAUUAAAUGGUAAAGACACAAUAAAAUUUAAGAUCAACUUUCUUUACUCUAAAUUAAUUUAAGACUUUUUAAGGAUGCGUGGAAUUAAUAUCUUUUAAAAUCUUUUCCCAAACAGGCGAAAGCUUGUAAAUUGUGAACGCAGCACUAUGCUGGAAAGUUUUCAGUGAGCGUCUCAGAUUUUACACAUCAGGAAGUCCAGGAACAUCCUGCAGGUUUUAGUCUUUGAAUCUGAACUGGAACCAGUUUGGUGGGAACCGAGGCCCCAGUUAAAACUUCUUGUAACCAACACCGCCCAUAUGGAUCAACCCCCCCGAAUCACAAUCAAUGCUCAGUGCCUGUUACCACGACAACACGUCUCAGUCCUUCUGCCGAGCUACAAUCAUGAUCCCAAAGUUGUACAAAGCCAAUAUUUUAUAGAAACCCCUGAAAUGCAGAAUGUACAGUCUAUUAGCAAAACAUUAUAUUAGAGUAAAGCCUUUAUAAUAUCUGUUAGAGUAGCUGUUGGUGAAAAAAAACACUGGACGGGUCAGAGGUCAAGUUCUGGUCCAGCAGGUAAAAAUUAGAACGUUACAAAACACCAAUAAAUAUUUAAUUUAAAUUGUUUUUCAGCCUCGCUGUGAUUCAGAAACAUGACAGGAAACGCGUCAAAAUGUUGUAAAGUUUUUUAAAGUUUAAAUCCAAUACUAAAACAGGAAACCCAUAAAUGCAAAACAUUGUUUUCAAAUCGUUUUUACAACUUUCAGCCACUAGAGGGCGCUGAUAAAUUCAUUUUCAGCUAAUAAUUAAGGCGAGGAAAUAUAUAUAUAUAUUUUUGUUUGUGGAAAAACAUAAUUUAAUAUUUCUGUUGCAGAAUGAGGUGGAAAAUACUUUUAAUUUUGCUUUUACCAAACAAAAUAUAAAAAUAGUGAAUUAAUUAUGAUCUAGUUAAUAGUUUGAAAGCUAAAAUGAACCAAAAAUUAUGUAUAAAAAGUGACUUUAGAAAAUCUACAAUAUAUCCAAUCUGAGACGUGAAGCUGAAAACCUGAACAAAUUGAGGCAAAACUGAAACUGCUUCAGUUUAUUUUUAUUAUCCACCAUGUUAAUCCGUUUUAAUUCAUGAAUUAUAAAGUUUCCUGGUUUCCGCUCAUCUAUACUACAGUAUAUGUGCUUUUAUGAGUUGUUUAUAACUGGUUAUUUUGGAGAUUUUCACAGCAGGGGGCGCUGCAGAGUGAGGCUAAACUAAAACAGGGAUCGCUAACAGAUCAGCAACUAGUUAUGAAAACCAGGACAAAUCUGGAAAAAGACGGAAUAACGAUCAGGAAAACUCUUCUGCUUCCUGCUGACCGGCUGAGAUCUCUGAACCUGCGUGUAAAUCCUUCCUCCUCCUCCUCCUCCUCCUCCUCCUCUUCCUCUCUAGCUUCCUCUUUUUACAGUAUGUCUGUGGUUUCUUCUGGAGUGAGUGGCGUGCGUGUACGUGCAGUUUUUCUCUUUUCUAAGCUCCGGAGAGCAUACAAUGACAGCUGAUGAGCUCUUUGACAGAUUGUAAUCUUUAUAAUAAACCGUCAUUUAUUACAAACUGA